UCGAGAGGAAAGACGCCAGAUGAAGCCGAACUACUGGGUUUGUAUUACAUUGAUGUCAGUGUUGUGUUGCGUCGAAUCCAAUGUCAAUCAAUCUGCCAAUUCUGGACUCUUUCUCUGUCUUUGAAUUUCUCACUUUGUCCUCAUCGUGUGGCUUUCUUUCUUAUUUACGAACCCAAUAACAUAAAUGGUCUCUCUCUCCCCCACUGCUCAGUCAAUUGGUACUUGCUUCGUUUCCAGUGGCUUCGGGACAACCGAAAAGAGAUGGCAGAUUGGGGGCCAGUGGUGAUAGCUGUGGUGCUGUUUGUGCUGUUGACGCCAGGGCUGUUGUUCCAGCUGCCAGGCAAUAGCCGAGCGGUGGAAUUUGCAAACAUGCAGACGAGUGGAGUAUCCAUAUUGGUCCACACCAUCAUCUACUUCGGACUCAUCACCAUAUUCCUCAUUGCCAUUGGUGUUCAUAUCACCACCGGAUAAUUUUAUGCAUCUGUAACCCCACCUCUAGUUUCUCCUCCUGAUUUUGUAUCAUUUUUUUUUAUCUUUCAACUAAAGUCGGUUCAUCAGCAAGGUAGUUAGAACGAAAUGGUGUUGUACUUCGUGUGGCUCCUUAGCACCAUCUCUGAAAUAUCUUACAUGCCUUUGCUUGAAAUUUGAGAAAAUAUUUUUUGGGUUCUGCCUAUUAUAUCAAAAUAUCCCGCAGCUCGACUUUGUAUUAUCUUGUAAGUGCUGGUCAGGCAAUCAAGCAAGAACUGCGCUGCUGUCUUAUCAGCACAAGAAGAAGAAAAAGGAGGAGAAGGUGGUUUGCAAAAGUUGUAUUACAUAUUUAAUCAUUCCAUUCAUCACAACGGCGGAGAGAGCAUGACCGUGGAAAUUUCAGAUGGUCUCGAAAAGUUAGCCAAAUUUUCUAGUAGUGAUAAAUCAAACAUGAUCCCACAAUCAGACGAAGCAAUGGUAACCAAAUUCUCUAUGAGAAUCUAAAAGGAAUGGCAUCAACCAACCAAAAACUUCAACUUUACAAAUCUUACCUGUUCUCCUGUAAAAGAUGUGGGCAAUUGUGGCAUUCAAUCGUGCAUUUCUAGCAGAAUGGAACCAUACUACUGGAAAAAAUUGACUGCGACGCAAUUCAAAAUCAUUCACACAGUGCGAUUUUUACUUCAGACCCCCAAAACCCACCCUAACAUCAACUUUGAACUUUGAAGACCCUUUUUAUAGGUUCACAAAUAACAAGCAACAAUACUUCCAGCAACUGCAAUUCACAAAAAAACCAAUUGAGGUGUUUAUUUGGGUUCUUUAACAAGAAUGUUUCCAACUAGACAAAUUUAAACUCCACCCUAAAUCUACGCCCCUCGUACGAAUGCUACGGUUUAACAUCUACAACGCACCUAGUGUUAACAACAAUGGCAGACAACGUGUACCCAUCCACCCAGACCACAUAACGUACAACUGAAUGCUUGACAUCUUAAUCGCGUGACCGAAUUCUAACUUGGUCUACUUGGGCAUUUCUUAUAAACAAUAAUACAGUAUUAAAAGCCAUGCUCCAACCGUCUAGUUGCAGAAAAGAACAAAAACCAUCACAAACUGAAAAACCCUUUCAUCAAGCAU